CACAGUUGCGAUGUGACUGACUGAACAUCCGAACUGCCUCCUGUGAGAAAUAACCAAAAAAAUUUUUUUUUUUAAUUUUCUUCUACUCCCCAUUUGGGAUUGUAAAAAAGAUUGACCUCGCACCAUCUCUGCGCGUGAAGAUAAUCUUUUUUUUUUUUUUUUUUUUUUUCCUUUCCGCGAAGAGAAGAUAGCCAUUUUAUAGCGCGUUCGCUUCAGUAGCUUUUUUAACACCCACGCCAAGUCGCCAAGCCCCGCCAAUUGGCCAAGCCGCUUUACUGCUCGAUCACCACCCCCUUUUGCAACUCACGAUGGCGAAGAAGUCAAAGAAGAGCGCGGGAGAUAACAUCAACGCGAAGCUACAGCUGGUGAUGAAGUCCGGCAAGUAUCAGUUCGGGAGGAAGUCCUGCCUGAAGGCCCUGCGAACCGGGAAAGGCAAGCUCGUCAUCGUCAGCAGCAACUGCCCACCCAUCCAGAGGAGCGUCAUCGAGUACUACGCCAUGCUAUCGAAGUGUGGGGUCCACGAUUACCACGGAGAUAACAACGACUUGGGUACCGCCUGCGGAAAGUUGUUUCGCAUCAGCUGCCUGGUCAUCACGGACGUGGGUGACUCGGACAUUAUAAAGACGAAUGAGUAGAAUGGGAAGAGGAGUCCCCGCAGGGGAAGAAGAGUAGCCUUGCCCGGGUGAGCAGAAGAGUGACAGAUUGACCGGUUGAACGAUUGAACGAUUGAACGGUUGAACGGUUGAACGAUUGAACGAUUGAACGGUUGAACGGUUGAACGAUUGAAAACAGGUUCAGAGCCGACCGUUUGGAAGCCUGCGUGGAGACCUCGUGAGGAAAUAACCUCCUGGGGUAGUCCAGACCAACGCCUGUGUGCAUGAGCUGAGUCGGUGGCUCCCCAUCCUUCGCUGCGUUUUUCUCUCCCCCGUUUCCUCCUUUUCCACCUCUUCCAUCCUUCCUUCCUUCCUUCUUCUUCUUUUUUUUUUUUUUUUUUUUUGCCGAAAAGCUACACCUGCAUAAUUGCCCUUACGUGUGUGCACGCUGCUUCGAAUGGGGCGCCACUCUUCGCCACGGAAACUUGCCCUGCGUGUUCUGAUGAGGAAGUUUUAAUUUUUAAAGAACCC